CAGGCCGCAGAGUGGUGCGCCGGUGAUUGUGUUGGCUUUGUCUCAUUGGACAGGACGCGCAUUGUUGGAGGUCAUGUUUCCUAGAAGUCUGCGUGGUUGUUUGUUUUUCGUUUGCGCGCAGGAAGAUGUCGUCUCUGUACAAGCCGUUCAGUGUUUCCGACGGGCCGUGUAAAGAUGCGACAUGGAGAGGCGGAUGUAAAUCUCAGCAGCAUCCCGCGGCGAUGAGCUCCCCUCUGCCGCAGCCACUGCAGCCGCCCUCGGCAAGUUUGGGUGCCUUAGCGGGCGCUUUCACCCCGGUUCACAGUAUGUGUGCAGGAAAACGCCGUUUUGCCGCUGGUGCUGCAGCUGCACCGGGCGGCAGGAAGAUCACUCACCCCGGGAAGGCCAUUCUUGCAGGUGGCAUUGCUGGAGGUAUUGAGAUCUGUAUCACCUUCCCGACAGAGUAUGUAAAGACUCAGCUGCAGCUGGACGAGCGAGCAAAUCCACCUCGGUAUCGAGGGAUAGGUGACUGUGUGAAGCUGACUGUUCAGGAUCACGGUUUGAGAGGGUUGUACAGAGGCCUGAGCUCACUACUGUACGGCUCCAUCCCCAAGUCUGCGAUUCGGUUCGGCACGUUUGAGUUGCUGAGCAACCCAAUGAGAGACGAUACUGGUCGUCUUGAUAACACUCGCAGCUUGUUGUGUGGCCUGGGUGCAGGAAUCGCUGAGGCGGUGCUGGUGGUCUGUCCGAUGGAAACGCUCAAGGUAAAGUUAAUCCAUGACCAGUGCUCUCUUCAUCCACGGUACAGAGGCUUCUUCCACGGUGUGCGGGAAAUAGUUCGUGACCAGGGUGUCCGUGGUACGUACCAAGGGCUGACUGCUACAUUAUUGAAACAGGGAAGCAAUCAAGCUAUACGGUUUUAUGUUAUGAACCUUCUGCGCAAUUGGUAUAAAGGCGAUGACCCUACACGCGAGAUGCAUCCUCUGGUCACGGCUACAUUCGGGGCAACCGCGGGUGCAGCAAGCGUCUUUGGAAACACACCUUUGGAUGUGGUGAAGACCAGGAUGCAGGGACUGGAAGCCCAUCGAUAUAAGAACACGUUAGACUGUGCCUUUCAGAUACUGAAGAACGAAGGCCCACAAGCGUUCUACAAAGGCACAGUUCCUCGGCUGGGCCGGGUGUGCCUAGACGUCGCCAUCGUCUUUGUCCUGUACGAGGAGGUUGUUAAGCUUCUGAACAGAGUCUGGCAAACCGACUGAGGGUAUCUGUGGCCUGCUCUGUAGAGAACGAUGACUAAUGUAGACACACACUUGUCCGCGUCACUCAAAUGAUAAAGCUGACUGUUACACUGACCUCUGGCUGAGUGCACUGGGUUGGGCAGCCAGCAGUAUGUGAGGAAGGGUUAAGCUCUGAUGUUCUGCUGCACAGCAUACUAAUGUUUCCGUCUAGCACAUAUAUGUGCCGUGUAUCAUCACGUUGCACUUGUUCUUCUGUAUGCAACACCUUGUUCAUUCUCACUUGUGUAGCGAACCCCAGUGUAAAUCAAAGCGCACAUUUACUUUGCUCUGAAUUUAACCAAUUUGUCUAGAUUGUGUUUUGUUUUUCUAUUAAUUGCACUGAAAUAUAUUUAACAAAUAAAGGAAAUGGCUUAAA